AAAUGGGAAAGCUGAGAGAGUGGAUGGAGGAUAGAGAGAAAAGGGUGAGGGUGUUAAUAGGGGAGGAUUUCAAUGCUAGGACGGGGAGAGAAGGGAAAAGAAUAGAUGAGGAUGAAGAGGGAGGGGGGUAAGUAGGCUAAUACCACUAUGGGAAGACGAUUGUGACGUCACUGGCGCCGUACCCCCAUUUUUCUUAUCACGGCGCACAGCAUCACAGUCGUCUCCCCAUAGUGAUACUACCCGGCGAUCUCUCCCCACUACAGAUAGUUACCCAUAGCGGCGUUACUCAUCUGUCGGUUUUAUUUUUUACGUCUUAUAGCUGUUUUAAUAAAAAUGUAAAAUUUUUUUUUUUUACUGCAAAAAGGAAGUUGCACUAUUUAUCUACUAAUUAGUUUUUUUUUUUCAUUUUUUAUGUCAUAGUUAUUUUAAUAAAAAAAAUUUUUUUUAAUUUACUGCAAAAGAAGAUUCAGUCUUAACCUAAUUUAUGGGAGGUUGGUUUUAAAUUAAGCACACUAUUAUAUAUAUAUAUAUAUAUAUAUUUAUUUAUUUAUUUAUUGGUUAUAUAUUCUUAAAAAUACAGUAAUAACAAAAGUAACAUUAUUAAUUAUGAACGUUUAUUGGUUACAUAUUGUUCAAAUAUACAUCAAUUCUUGUAAUUGUUAGGUGGUUACAUAUUUGUGCGGAAUGUAAAAUAUAUUAUUUUCGUGAAUAACUUUGAGGCCGCAGCGACCCGUACAAAUUUGAAAUACCGCCACCCGUAAAUUGAUUUCUUUUAGAAAUGUAAUGUUGAUGACGUUUUACAUACGAAUUAUAAUAGUCGCGAACUAUUUCAUCAUUUCGUGAUAAAUCGUUCGAAAAAAUAUCACGAAAUUUAUGCAUGCCAAACCCAGUACACAUAAAAUGCGUAAACAUGACACAAAAGUGUCCACACACGUCAGAAGUGUUGUUUUGAAAUUCUUGAGGGUUGUAGAGUAUGAUUUUGCAGUUUCUUUUAAGUCGUUUGAGAUGUUGGGGGAUGAUGGGUGGCAACCCAUAGCUGUCGAAAUAGUGUCCGAUGCCGUCCCUUCCGACGUACAUAGCGACCCAGUGUGUCCCGGGUUUUGUAUGAUCAUCGGUAUUAGCAAUAAUAGCCGCAGGUUUACUCCACACAGCUGGUAUCUCGUCAGAGGCGUAAACGCCUAUGGUAUCGCACGGUAUAUUUUGUAGAGCUGCCCGUAAUUGGUGGGUGUUCAUAACCACCAAGAAUUGACUGGCGAGAUAUCUUCUUCUUCUUCUUCUUUGAUAUUAUGAUGAUUAUUACGAUUACACCAAGUCGUAAAAAACGAUGGUGCGGGUGGUGAUGACGGUGAUGUCAAUGAUAAUAAUGAUGUAGAAUCCAAAAGACUGUAUUUUUUAAGCCAUUUUCCAAGGCGUAAUGCGUUAUUUAAAGCACAUGUAUAUUCGCAAUUGUUUGUCUUACUUUUUAUGUUAUGAAUAAGGCAGGUCUGUUCUAAUCGAGGUAAUUGAUGAAAUGGCGGCCAUUCUUUCUCUUCUUCUAAAUUUAUAACGUUUCUGCUGGUAAUACGAUGAAGAAAUGUUGAUUUAUCAAAGCCUCGAGUGAAUAUACGGUUGGUAAACUGUGCAAUCGUUCUCAAAUGUCGUCGUAAGUUUUUAUAUGGUAUAUCUCCUUCAUACCACUCAAUACCGUGGAAAUUUUUACUAAGCCAAUUAUUUUGAGAUUUUGAACGAUUUGGCAGUUCAAUAAAAGAACACGAUUACGCGAUGAUCCAAUGAGCACAGUGGGUUGUGUUUAUAGAGACAAUAACAACUUCUUUUGGAAUGAAAGAUUCUUCAGCGUCUUUGAAACCUUGUAUAUCGACAACGAUAUUCUUAUUUGUAAGUGUGUUUGUAAAAGAAUUGUUAUCUUGAAUAUAAGCUGUAGUACUAUACACGAUCAAAAACCGAUACAGACUGUCGGGUAAAUAUAUGCGUUCUUUGUUCGAGGCGUGGUUGUUCCAGUAGUACCCGUUUCCAUAGUGCGCUUAUUUCAGCUCUCGGCAGCGUUUAUCCGCCAUAGUUUACAAUUACCUGUCUAGAAGCAUCGAUUUCUAAAAUAUUAUCAUAUUCGGCGUAAAUGAUACAAUUUACCGUAGUUUUUAACGCUUCAAAACGCACAUCAAUUCUAACAUUCCCGUGUUUCAUUAAAUUCCAGUGCGUAUUGUUGUUUGCCUAAAGGUCCGGUGUGAGGUCAAAUGCGAAAAGACAGUACCCAUUUGGAUAAUUUUCACGAAAAAUAGAAUUACCCUCGUUUAAAAAAUGUAUACCUGUUCCAGAAAAGAGUGUGUGAUAGGUAUCCAUAUACAGGCCUUCUUUUGUAAAAUCUGGUUGUAGCGGUUUACUAGGUAUUUGUGUGCCGUCAACGUAUAAAGAUAAAUAAUUAAUUUUGUAAUGAUGAAAAUUAAAAGGAUUAAGCGUGCGAUUCCGUUGAAUGCUCUAUUAUCGACAAAACCGAUUAUUAAAUGUUUUGGUAUCUGACCAAGUAUCACAUUGUCGAGCGUUUCACCGUAUAUACCGCUAUGUAUAGAUAUAGAUUUUACUUCAACACGCGUAAGAGGAUAUUUUGCUGUAGUUUUUGAAAGAGCUUUAGCGUGGGCUAAUAAUAUACCUAGUGAAAUCUUUGAACGCCUGACAAGUAUCGUAGCAUCGAGUAUAUGAACUUCGAAACCUCGUUCGGUUUGAUCCAUAAGGCAGAAAGCAUCUCUUGAUCGUACCAUCCGCAAACGCAUUUCUACGCCGUUUAUCAGAAACCUUUCUUGAUUGAAAACAUCGCAAUGUAAAUGACCCAUAAGAUCAAUUUUCUUAGCAUUAGCUGUUAACGAACACUUUUAGAAAACCGGCGUUUAAGAUGGAUGGUUGCGCCAUUGCACUAGCCGUAUCGCUAUAUCAUAACAUACUUGUUAAAUGAGAGUUUUUUGCAGCAGGGCCAUAAUUAAGCAAUGUUUCUAUAUAAGCUCUGUAAGCGUACGCAUUAUUUGGGGGUGUUACAAGUUUUUGAUUGAAAAACACAUCUACCUGAUUGAAUAACGAAUGCAUAAAAUUAUUGACGGGUCCUACUAGCUUAUCAACAGCACCUGAAGUCUCUUCUUUUUUUGGAAUUUCUUUGGAAACGGUCGGUCUUAUUUGAACACUGAUGCAUAACAUGGUAUGUGGUAAGUCGAUGUAUUCUUCCCCCUGGCCUGCCAUAACAAAUUCUAUAGGCGAAUCAUCGGUUAACGACGAUAUUGGUUUGUAAUGUAACCAUUGCGAGUUUUCAAUUGUUGCUUGCGUUAGUGGGACGGUGAAUAAUUCCAAUUCUGAUUUGAGACACUUGCACGAAUGAGAGUGUAAAAAGGCCAUGUCUGCUUUACGUCAAAUAUGUUAUUGAAAAAUGUCAACUACAGUUCGUUUAUCGCAAAUAGAGCUCUUUUUCUUUUUUAUCUUCUUAUUCUUCUUCAACAUGUUUGUCUUAGUUUUCGGUGUUUUGUUACUGUAAAUCUUUUUCUUUUUCUUUUGACGCCUUACGAUAUGAUCGUUGUCGCGAAUGUUAAUUAAAUGCUGCAUAUUUGACUUUCUCGGCGUUUUAUAGCCCGAACCCUCCAUGAGAAUAUCAAUUUUUUCUUCGGCUUUCCGUUUUAGGUUCUCAGCUGAAUCUUUCAUACGGCUGUUAAAAGUUUCUUUAAACGGUAUAUCUCUUUGAAUUACAUCACGAGCUACAUUCAGAGCGAGCAACUUCUUUACCAAUGGCCCUGGCUCCUUUUGAUAAAAGGGGUAAAACACGUCGAAAGAGACCGCCAAGAAAACUAUUGAUUCCAUGACCGCGUUGAUUUGGGGCGCCUACAUAAACGCGUUUGAUGCCACUUUGUCUACUGCUACCGUGUUGAAUAUCGAAACACGCAUCGUAAUAUGUCAUUUUUAGUCUAAUCUCUUAAAAUAUAGUGUUACAGUCAAUGUAUCAUAUUCGAAUGGUAUAGUUUGUCCAAACUCGUCUCUUAUAUCAAUCUCGAUUGUUUGCAAAGCAGUGUGUAUUAGCGGUAUAUAUUUAGCUGUUGCAAAGCUUUUAUACUUAACCGAACCAUAAUCAUACGAUUCUAUAUCUAGAGAUACUGUGCGAAGUAGAGGUGUUUGCACAUCACCUGUAAUGUACGAUUCGCAUAUAUCGGUAUAUACAAACAGCGUUGUAGGUAAUGCUCUGAUUAAACUAGCCGGUCUGGCCAAGACAUUUCAUCAGCCAAUAUAUGACAUUGAGUUUCAUAACCGAAUAUUUGAGCCAGAGUUGGCGAUUGGCGGAAACCAUGUGUUAUAGCCAUACAAUCUGUACAUGAACGCUGUGCUGUGACAUAACCAAACCUAUUUAAUGUAAAAAUUAAAUGUUUCUUCAGCGAUGUUUUGUUUACUGUUUCGAUAAGAUCGUCAAUUGUCUGAUAUAGUCCUUGUAGUACUAUAUGAUGUUCUAAACCCGUUUUUAACUCCUCUUCUUCUUCAGGCGGAUCAUUGAUAAAAUUUUUUAUUUUCACCAAAGUCUUUUCAUCUUGUGAAAAAUGGAGAAACGUUAUAGGUAUUUGAAUAUCAGUUAAAGAAACACCCCACUCCCCUUGUAAACGUAAUGCUUGUGGUAGACGUGUAAUAAAAUGAGUUGUUGUGUUAUCCUGAAAAUAUGAAGAACUGCUGUUGCUAGGUAAAACCACGUAAAAAUUAUCCCUCAUUAUAAUUUUUUAAAUCGUUAGGGUUUAUCCACUUAUUAAAACUUUCUGGAAAACCGCGCCAGUUAACGAGGAUACGUCUUGCACUGCCUCGUCGAGGGCUGCCUUUACUACGAAUUAUUCUUUCGACCAUAAGAUCGAUCUUUGCAUAAUCUCGUCAGAUCCUGCUCAAUUCUUCUUCAUAAAAAAUGCCGUCAAUAUCUUCACCAUGAAGGUUUCGUAAAAAAUAUACAGGUGAUUGUGGAUGUGUGGAAAUGCGUAUUAUAAGAAAUAUUUCUUUGCUCCAGCCGCCUUCAUAACCUUUCGCGAACGCUGCUUUACUACUACUGAUUCGCACCAGAUCACCGAUCUUGUAUUUAGGAGCACGGGCACGUUUACUGUCAUAUCUACGUGCGAGAUUUGAUCGAGCAAAUCUUGCAUUGUUCAAUGUUACAUCUUGCGGGACCAUUUUAAUAUCGCUAUGAUACGAACGAUUGUACGCAUCAACAAUGUUAUUUAGUACAUCGAUAUAUCGCUUAUUUCUUGCAUAAGUGAAAUAUCGCCAUAUACGCUCUUUUAAUGUCCUGUUAAAUCUUUCAACAACUGCAGCUUUCAAAUCUGGAUUACGGGCCACUCAAAAACCAAUUUUUGCGUUUUUUAAAAAAAGCUGUGGCAGAUCCCACAAAUUCUUUACCACAAUCUGUUUGUACAACAAUAGGUCGUCUACCAUUACUACGGGCUAGUAUAUGUGCUAAACCCCUAGCAACACUAGUACUUGUUUUAUCACGUAAUUUUUCAACCCAAGCAAAUUUGCUUAAAACGUCAAUAACAACAAGUAAAUAUGCGUAAUUAUCAUUAUAAUUUUUAAUUGCACGUAGAUCUACGAUAUCUGCUUCUCAUACAUUGUCGAUAUUAUACAGAUUGUAAGAACAUCUAGGAUAUUGGCGACGUAAAGGCCUAUGCAAUGUAUAUACAUCUUGACUUUCUAGCCAGGCAAUUGUUUUGUUUUUGGGUAUUGAUUUUUUUUGUUUCACGCAAUAAUUUUGGUGCUCCAGAAAAAGAGGUCGCGUGCAUUGGUUCAUAAUAAAUUUUCUCUAGCUUUUUCAUGUUCUAUCACGGGGUUCUUUUUUUUCCUAGGUGAUAAACUUUUCCACCUAUCUGCGGUACCAUAACACUCGCUGUAGGUAUCGGUAUCAUCUGUAGGAAGCUCGCUUGAAUCAGACCGCAUACGCGACGGUCCUGCGGUGUGUGUAUUGUUAGGUACUUGAAGCGUAUUGUUAUUGACCGGUUCAUUUAACCAUAAAUUUUGAUUUCCCAUAAAUUCACGUGGGACCUUUACACUGUGCAUGAAUGUGACGAAGCGAUUUCUGCCGAUCGGUUUUGCUAUUUUUCUGGAGCGCAUAGCGUCGUUUAUAAGAUCGACGAUAUUAGAUUCCUUUAUUUUUACACCAUCAAUAGAAAUAACACCAUAUUUAUCCCAAGUUAGUCUUUCAGAAGCGUUAAAAUGUAUAUGGUUUAAUAAGAGUCUAGCUUUUGGUCGAUAUUUUGAUGGCACGCUAUCCAGAAUAAAUAAAUCGUCUAAACAAUCUUUUGUUCCGGUGUUUUUACCUCUUCAUCCUUCGAAUAUCUUGAUUGCUUUGUUUUGUAAACAGUGUCAAUCAAAGUAUUAAUAGAUUUAGUAGGUAUAUUACGUUUUGCUUCUUCUACAAAAUACAGGUAACGUUGUAACGUUUGCAAGUAAGCUUUGCAUUUUUUUCUUUCGUCCGCAAAUUUGCUUGAAUUGAGAAUUUCAAGCAUUUCUUCAUCUAGUCUGCUUAUCGUCGUACCAGGAGUUUGAAUUGUUCUAUCAUUCGAUGUCCGUGUUAAUUGCGCAAUUUUUUCUUCGGGUAUCAAGACCAUUUUUUUUGCGUGUUCCAUUAUUUUUUAGUUUCCACCUAUAAGGCGAGAUAACACGGUGCCUAAUAUAGGUGCUAAUAAUAACCCAGAUAACUAAGUUAGAUUCAGCACAUCGGGCAAUCUAAUGCAUUGCAUGUAUUGUUGCGAAUUUGCAGGCAAUUUGCUGGCUACAAAAUUUAACGUAAAACUGAAUCAGCAACAGGAGAGCAAAAACACAACAUCAGUUAAUGAAAUGUUAAGACCAAACGUUUAUUAAUGAUAACAUAUCACGUUGACAGCAAACUGUCGGCUCAUCAUGAGCUUGCAUUCGUAUAUAUCAUAAUGACAGCAAUAUGUCAUCAAAAUGAUGGCACGUAUGAUAUCAAAAGUUUAAUACAAGAAGUAGAAUAUUUGGUGAAUAUUGUUAAAGAUUCUAAAUUGCAGCUUCUUAUCGACAAUUUGGUGAUAUGACAAUAUUCGGUUCCGCCAUGUGUAAGACCCCACGCAAACAAGUGAGUGCUGGCGCUACCGCUAGGCGGCCACGCCGCGGGGGAUUUCUCGUGAGUCAAGUGCGGCCACAAGCGUUAUAUCUAGGCGCCACCACAGCCGACUCCCCAAUUCAUGCCAUGGUUCGUACUUCAGUGAGCCUUUAGGAGCUACAUGUUGUAACAUCGAGACGAAUACUCGUUCUCAUUCUUUUAAAACAUGACGUGUGUAUGAGCAUAGAACGCUGUUCUACAUAAAAUUUUAUAUCUAUGGUGUAGAAAUCCCAUUCAAUUUGAAUUACUUUUUUUUUAAUUGAUUUUAAUCGCUUAUUUUCGGCAGGGAAGUAUUUUGAAACUAUAUUAAUAUUCUGGUGAAAGAAUUUUGCAAAUAUUGCAGCAGAUAUAUACAAAUUUCUUGCAAGAAUUAAACUGCAGAAUCUUUCAGAAGAAUUGAGUAUGAGAAAGCAGAUCAUAACGUUCUGUUCGCAGAAUCUUUCAAGAAUCUGCUGCAAGAUUUACUGCAGUCUUGCACAAAAUUACUAGUAGAAUAGUAAUUGUGAUAUAUGCGCUAGUAAUUUUAUUAUAGUUAUUUUAGUUAGUCCCUAUGUAGCGUUUGGCGCCUAUGCGUUCCCGCCAAGAACCGACUCUCUCUCUCUCGUUGAAACUAACCAACGUGCGACUGCUCCCUUGCGUUACUAAUAUUCAUUUGGCAUUCUCAAUAUAAUAAAUAUAGUUUCGUUCAUAUAUAUUACUUAUUUACCACCCAUAAGACAUCACAAUUGGCGACGAGGAUAUUCUGGCAAAGCGGGUGCAUCGGAAAUUGAACGAGAAGUACAAUCAAGGCGGAUGUAACAAUUGAGAUCAGAGACGUCAGGAGCAGGAGCAAUUAAAAGCCAAGUUGCAUCAAGAGCAGAUGCAGCUAGCAGAGUGGCAAAGGCAACUGCAGCAGCAGCAAAAUUUAAUGCAGCAGCAAGCACAACAAGUAAAGACUCAGGUACCUAAAGAAGCGAUGCCGAACAUUACUUUUCUUUCAACGAUUGGAGCGCUGUCCGAAUUUAAUAUUGGUGAAGACUGGAAUCUCUAUCAAGAGCGGCUAGGACAGUAUUUUGUAGCGAAUCAAGUUUCGCAGGAACGUAAGGUAGCAGUAUUAAUUACAUUAGUAGGACAAGAGGCUUAUAAAAUUUUAAAGGACCUCUGUGAUUCAACGCUUCUAGAAUGUGAAUCGUAUGAAGAAUUGUGCGAAAUUUUAAAGAAACAGUUUGCCCCAAGAGUCUCGGUUUUCAAGGAGAGAAUCGAAUUUUACGAGUUAAAGCAGAAGGAAAAGGAGUCAGUAAAUGAGUGGUUUGCUCGUAUUAAGAGCAAAGCUAUCAACUGCAAAUUUGGAGCGCAACUGGACGACAAAAUCAAGGACAGAUUUGUUACUGGGUUAAGUAAAGGUCGAAUUUUGGAUAGAGUAUGCGAGGAAGAGCAUACAACAACGCUACAGUCGAUUCUCGAGGUGGCAAGAAAGAAGGAAGCAGCUUUGGCUUUGUCGUCUAAGGCUAGUCUGGUGGACGUGCACAAUUUGAAGUCGAGAAAAGCAAAAUCGGCUCAGCAGGUGACGUUCCAGAAAAAGAAGAAAGAGGAGAAGACAGGAAGCCAGCACCAAGGAUCCAAAGAAGAACCGAAAUGCGUACAUUGCGGAGGUACAAGGCAUAUUUUUGCAAAGUGCAAGUAUAAGACAUAUAAAUGUAAAAUUUGUAGCAAGGAAGGUCAUUUGGCUAAAAUUUGUAAAAAUAAUAAGAGCACGGUAGCUAAUACAAAUUAUUUAGAAUCUGGUUCAAAUGAUAAGGAUACAGAGAUUGUGGAUAUGUAUAAUUUAAGCAAUGUUUUAGCAAGCGAAGAACCGUUAAUAGUUAAAGUUGAGAUUGAAGGUAAAUCUAUUGCCAUGGAAUUAGAUACCGGAGCGGGUAAAUCAAUAUUACCGGAAAAGAUUUUUAAAGAAAAAUUUAGUCAUUGCAAAUUAGAAAACACAAAGAUUAGGUUAAGGAUGUAUAACGGAAGUAUUUUAAUUCCGGAAGGGCAAAUUUCAGUUAAUAUUAAAUGCAAAGAGACAGUGAUUCAAGCCCAGUUAAUAGUGGUAAAGAAAGGAAACAGAAUAUUAAUGGGUAGAGAUUUAAUGAAACUGUUAAAUAUUAAAAUGGAACAGAUCAAUUCUAUUAAAGAAGAAGAUAAUUUAAAAGCAUUACUGCAAGAGUAUAAAGAAUUAUUUAAUAACGAGUUGGGUAAAUAUAAAUUUGAAAAGAUAGAUUUAAAAUUAUCAAAGGAAGCUAAUCCUAUUUUUAUUAAACCAAGACCGAUACCAUUAGCAUUUAAAGAAAAAAUAAGUAAACAAUUAGAGGAAUUAGAAAAGAAAGGAGUAAUUGAGCCUAUAGAUACGUCAGCUUGGGGUACGCCCCUGGUACCGGUUAUUAAGAAAGAUGGAAGUAUUAGAAUUUGCGCCGAUUAUAAAAUUACAGUCAAUAAAUUUUUAGAAGACGUUAAGCAUCCUUUACCUAGAAUUGAAGAAUUAUUUACAGCGUUAAGCGGUGGAGAAUCAUUUACUAAGUUAGAUUUAACAGCGGCGUAUAAUCAAUUAGAGGUUACAGAAAGAACUAGUAGGUUACUUGCGUGGAGUACUCAUAAAAUUAUUUAUUCGCUUAAAAGGUUACCGUUUGGAACCAAGCCAGCGUGUUCAAUUUUUCAAAGAACGAUAGAAAAAGUCUUGCAAGGUGUAAAAAACGUAAUUAAUUUCAUUGAUGAUAUUGUAGUUACAGGUGCUAACAAGGAAGAGCAUUUAAAGAAUUUAAGAGAAGUAUUCAAACGUCUUUCAGAGGCGGGAUUUAAAAUCAAUUUAAAGAAAUCUGUAUUUUUUCAACCCGAAAUUAAAUAUCUUGGACAUGUAAUUAACAAAGAAGGGUUGCAUAAGGAUCCAGAAAAAGUAGCUGCAAUGUUAGAAGCACCUAAACCAAAAAAUGUGUCAGAAGUAAAGGCCUUUGUUGGUAUGGUUAAUUAUUAUGGCAAAUUCGUACCGAAUUUAUCACAAGUGUUAACACCUUUAUAUGAACUCCAGCGUAGUACAACAUUUAAAUGGACGCAGCAAUGCGAAGAAGCGUUUAAUAAUGUUAAAAGCGAAUUAGCGUCAGAGAGAAAUUUGGUUCAUUUUAACAAAAAGUGGAAAUUGAAAUUAGUUUGUGAUGCAUCCAAGGUAGGCAUUGGAGCUGUCUUAUUACAUGUUUUGCCAGAUAGCACAGAAAAACCAAUUGCAUUUGCAUCUAGAGUUCUUCACGAUGCAGAAAAGAAUUAUUCAGUAAUUCAUAAAGAAGCAUUAGCUAUUUAUUGGGCUAUAUGCAAAUUUUAUCAAUAUUUAAUGGGUAACGAGUUUAUUUUAUGUUCUGAUCAUAAACCAUUAAUGGCUUUGUUUGGGGAGCAUAAAGGCAUUCCACAAAUGGCAGCAGGCAGAUUACAAAGAUGGGCCUUAUUUUUAAGCGGAUUUCAAUAUAAGUUUGAACAUAUUAAAGGCAUUCAAAAUGGAGGAGCAGAUGGCUUAUCUAGGUUGCCAAGACCCAUUAAAAUUAAAGAAGCAGAAGUUGAAGAUUAUUUUCAUUUUGUUACGGCAGAGCGUACACCUAUAGAUGCAACACAAAUUAAGAAAGAAUUGCGAAAAGAUAAUAUAUUAAGUAAGGUAUAUCUGUAUACAAGAGACGGAUGGCCUAAUUCAGUUAGCGAGGAAAUAAAAGUUUUUGCAAGUAAAGCGAAUGAAAUUGGUAUUGAAAAUGAUAUUCUUAUGUGGGGAUAUAGAGUAAUCGUUCCGUUUAAAUUUAGAAAAGCUCUAUUGGAAGAGAUUCAUGGAGCACAUUUAGGAAUGGCCAAAAUGAAAAUGAUAGCCAGACAGUAUUUCUGGUGGCCUAAUAUUGAUAAGGAAAUAGAAGAAUACGUGAAAGAAUGUGAAGCUUGCAGAACUACGGCUAAUAAUCCUAAUAAGUCACCAUUAAUUAAAUUUCAGGAAGCUGAAUUUCCGUUUGAUAGAAUUCAUAUUGACUUUGCAGGACCUUUUAAAGGUAAAACAUAUUUAAUUGUAGUGGAUGCAUUUACUAAGUGGCCGGAAGUGUUUGAGAUGUCUAAUACGAACACAGAAAGCACUAUUGAAAAAUUAAGAGAGUGUUUUGCUCGUUUUGGUCUUCCACGUAUGAUUUUCUCAGAUAAUGGCAGACAGUUUGUCUCAGAAGAGUUUGAAAAUUUUUGUAAAAAUAACGGCAUUAAGCAUAGAACGUCAGCACCGUAUCACCCAUCGACUAAUGGUUUAGCAGAAAAUGCGGUAGGUUCUUUUAAAAAAGGUUUGUCAAAAGCGUUAGCGGAUAAGCGAAAUGCGUCAUUAAGUACAACUACAUUAAUAAAUAGAUAUUUAGCUUCGUACAGAAAUGCGCCACAUACUAGCAUAGGAGAGAGUCCAUCAAAAUUAAUGUUUGGGCGUGAAAUCCGAACUAGAUUAAGUUUGUUAAAUAGGCCUGAGAGAGAUAAGGCUAGAGAGAAACAAGUACAGUAUUUUAAAGGAAAUCGAGAAAUUUUAUUAAAGCCAGGAGAUAUAGUGUAUGUUAGAGAUUAUAAGAUUCCAACAAAACCGACGUGGCGUAAGGCGAUUAUUAAAAGUAAAAUCGGAAAUAGAACUUAUGUGUGUAAAACGUUAGACUCGGAAGAGUUAAUUUGGAAAAGACAUAUAGAGCAGAUUAUUGAAGCAGGAAAAUUUUAUAGUGAAGAGGAAGAUUGUAUGAGUAAAAGUGACAAAGACAAUAAGAAAUCGGAUUCAAAAGAGUUAGAAGUGGUACAAGAGCCGGAAAAGGACAAUGUAUGUGAAAGUCCGGAGGAAACGAAGACGGAUAUUAACGUUAAGCCUAAGAGAAUUAUUAGGCCAGUUCAAAGACUCAAUUUAUAAAAUGUAUUAAACAUUUAAGUUUUUCAUAUUUAGUGAGAGAGGAGUGUGAUAUAUGCGCUAGUAAUUUUAUUAUAGUUAUUUUAGUUAGUCCCUAUGUAGCGUUUGGCGCCUAUGCGUUCCCGCCAAGAACCGACUCUCUCUCUCUCGUUGCAACUAACCAACGUGCGACUGCUCCCUUGCGUUACUAAUAUUCAUUUGGCAUUCUCAAUAUAAUAAAUAUAGUUUCGUUCA